AUGUCGGACAGGCUGAAAGCUUUCAAGGAGAAAGGCUAUGUGAUUCUCAGGGGUCUGUUGACGCCACAGGAGUUAGCAAGACUGAAGGAUGCGAUGGAGAAAGACCAAAUAUUACGAGAGAAUGAGUACGGCAGAAGUGACGCCCGCGGGAUGCGAACCCGAGUAUGCUUGUGGAACAGCAUUCCUAACAACGUGGCUGGAGCGAUCGCAAGAGCAGAAAAAGUUGUGGACACUGUGGAGGAGUUACUGGAAGGUGACAUCUACCAUUACCACUCGAAACUAAUUAUGAAGGACGCUCACUCCGGGGGCGCCUUUCUCUGGCACCAGGAUUACGGGUAUUGGUAUGAGUACAAGUGUCUUUCACCUGCAAUGGGCACUCUGUGGAUAGCCGUGGAUCCCACAGACAAAACCAACUCCUGUCUUCAGAUUCUUGAAGGCUCCCAUCUAGUGGGCCGAGUUGACACAGGUAGACAAGGGGACCAAAUAGUAGCGGACCCAGAGCGAGUGGAGUUUCUCAAGAAACGUCUGCCGUUACGCUACGUCGAGCUUGAUGCCGGUGACGCCGUGUUUUUCCACUCUAACCUGUUACACAUGAGUGAUCAGAACACCAGCGGAAAAAGACGCUGGGCUUAUUUGAUCGCUUACAACAGAUCCAACAACCUUCCCUUUGGGGACCAUCCCCACGCCGAGUAUGAGCCAAUCAAAAAGCUGCAAGACAGCGCUAUUAUGACGAGUCCAUUGACUCUGUCUGAGAAGAAUCUAAAGUUUUGGACAGGGAGAGAUACUGUUGUCGGAUUGGAUCAAAAACCCGAAAUAUAAACAACAUAACACGAAGAAGACUCUUCAGAAAUAUGAAAUAUUUUAUGUAGAGUUAUUCACAAGAUAAAUGCUUU